AACAAUAAUAUUAAAAUGAAAUAUAAGUUGGCUAUCUUUGUCGCUCUUUUAGCUCUUGUCUAUACGAGAGAUUACUGUAGAGUUUAUUCUUGUGGCACAGUUGAUGAUUCAGAUGAUCUUGAGUACUGAGCACAGAGAGAUAAUAAUGAUUUCGGAAAUUGGAAUGUACAGCAAUGUGUUGGAGAGAACAUGUUUUGCAAAACAUUUGCUUCUAAAGCUCCAGGUGCUCUCCAAUAUCCAGCUAGAUGUGAAGAAAUCAAACCUGAAGUCUAUCAGAAGACAUUUACUGCUUCUCUCGGAACUGGGGUUGAUGGAGACUACUGUGAAUCAUAUAAAGAUUGUCAUCGUUCAUACUACAGUAAAGGAGUAUGUCAAGACAAUGUCUGCAAGGUUCCAACAAGGGAAGGAUCUAAAUGCAAGGUGAAUAUUGAUUGUCCAAUGGAGCACUUUUGUAACUCCAAAAGUAGAUGAACGGAAGCUCGCAAGGCUGGGCAAAAUUGCACUAAAGAGAUUGAGUGUGAAACUGGCCAUAGCUGCCUCAGACUAGUUGAGCACGAUAAAGAUGAAAAUAUUUGCAUCCCUCAUAAUUAUCUUGAUGAUGGAGUUCUUUUUGCAUUUGCUGAUACAGGAUACUUCAGAGAGGAGAAAACUGAUCUUCUUGAAGCAAAGCAACUAAAGCCAAUAUUCAGCCCUUACUGUGAAUCAAUAAAUCAUGUUCAGUUGGGAAAGAAUUUAUUCCAAUGUAGGAAGGCUGAUACAAAUCUGAAUUCUGAUCUCUCACGUAAAUCUAAAGGAAACAAUUGUAUCAUUCAAACAUACACAAAUGAGGAUCCUCAAAAAUAUGAUGUUCUAAUUAAUAAAACUGAAAGAUCUCUUUGUGGAUUUAACAAGGAUAACAGAGCUUGGUGUCCUCUAAAAGCAGGAGAUAAAAUGGCUCAAUACUUCUACUUCAAUUGGGUUGAUAGAAUGAAUAGCUUCAAAUGCAGCCGCUUCACUCAGAAUGAUCCUGAGUCAGGUAGCAUUUGCCAUGACUACUAUGUUGCAAUGCAGAACAAAGAUGAAGAUCUUUUCUCGUAUUACAAAUUCCAAGCAACUGUUGUGAAUGAAGAUAGCGCGCAGGUUUGGGCUAACACUGCUAACAAUAACAAGUGCGUCGCUCAGUCAUUGACUCUCGAUUUCUGGAAUGGGCACUAUGCUACCUUUGAGGAAUAUACUUACUCAAAAUAA